CCGGCGAUGCUGGGCGUGUGGUCUCUGCUUCUCCUCUGGGGUCUGGUGACUCCGUGCCAGGGGCUGCUUGAGACGGUGGGCAUGCUUGCUCGGAUUGACAAGGAUGAACUCGGCAAAGCCAUCCAGAACUCGCUGGUCGGGGGGCCCAUUUUGCAGAACAUGCUGCGGACUGUCACAUCUGUGAACCAGGGCCUCCUGGGCUCAGGGGGCCUGCUCGGAGGAGGUGGCCUGCUGAGCUACGGAGGGGUUCUUGGCGUUGUCAAGGAGCUUUCUGGGUGAGUCCUUACACAAUGUGAUUUGCCCAAGGUCACCCAAGCCCUGGUCAGCGGCCCCGGGGUGGGCGCGGCUAAGGCGGCCCUGGUGGGUGGCGCCUGGCCGCCUGGCCACGCCCCCAGCAUCAGGUCUCGCAGCCCCCUGGGGGGCCUCUUGCAGCUGGCAGCUGAGGUGAAAGUGUCGUCGCGGGUGGCGCUGGGCGUGAGCGCGCGGCGUACGCCCAUCCUCAUCCUCAAGCGCUGCAGCACGCUCCUGGGCCACAUCAGCCUGCUCUCAGGGCUGCUGCCCGCACCGCUCUUUGGGGUCGUGGAACAGACGCUCUUCAAGGUGCUGCCAGAGUUCCCGUGCCCCGUGGUGGACAGCGUGCUGGGCGUGGUGAAUGAGCUCCUGGGGGCUGUGCUCGGGCCUGGUGCCCUCGGGGCUCUUGGGUCCGUGGAAUUCACUCUGGCCACAUUGCCUCUCAUCUCCAACCAGUACAUAGAGCUGGACAUCUAUCCCAUUGUGAAGAGCGUAGCAGGUGACAUCAUCGACUUCCCCAAGCCCCCCAACCCCAUCAAGGUGCCCCCCAAGGAGGACCACACAUCCCAGGUGACUGUGCCUCUCUACCUCUUUAACACCGUGUUUGGGCUCCUGCAGACCAUUGGUGCCCUUGACCUGGACAUCACCCUUGAGCUGGUUUCCAGCAGUGUUCCACUGACAACUACAGAGCUGGCGGCUUUGGUCCCUGAGACCCUGAGGAAGCUGCCACCAGGCCAGCAGCUCCUGCUCUCACUGAGGGUAAAAGAAGCACCCACGGUCACGCUCCAGGACAAGAAGGCCAUGGUCUCCGUCCCAGCUAACAUCCAUGUGCUGUCCUACCUCCCUAAAGGGACCCGUGAAGCCUUCUUCCAGCUGAACAGAGUGAUGACUUUAAAUGCCCAGCUGGCUCCGUCAGCUACCAAGCUGCACCUCUCCCUGUCCCUGGAACGGCUCAGUGUCCAUCUGGCCUCCUCCUUCGCCCACGCCUUUGAUGCAAGUUCCUGGGAGGGUGAGCAGCUCGGCAUUGGAUCAGACUCCAGCUGCUAUAUAAGACUGGCCUGUGAUCCGGUUCAGCCAAAGCAGAAGGCCCGGUGA